AUGAGUAUCUCUGAAACAUAUGGUAUCCGAGUUUCAAGCGGCCUCCAUGAAGUCAAUGGCAUGCAUCUUGCGCGUAGCCUGGACAAGAAUCUAGUUUUAGCCCCUACCGACGUCGCGGGUCUGACUUUUUGCCAACAAUGCAAAACGAAUGAAACAAAUUUCGUUCUCAAGGACGAUUCCAUGUCAGAGUUUCUAUCCGUCAUCGGCCCAAGCGGCCGAGGGCCGUACGAGCUGCGAACCUCUCCUGAAACCAAACCAUUUGGCAUUGGUUCAAUGGUUUACCUUGACUUUUCAAUAAAGACUCUUGAUCAGGGGACUGGAGUACAUACUCUGGGGAUCGCCGACGAGGACAUAAAUGACGGACACUGGAUGGCAUGGAGAGACCCAGAAGGCAAUGGCGAAUGGUCAGUAUAUUGGGUGACGCCUCGACCCUACAACAUGGACGAUUUGCCUGGAGGCAUGCAUAUCGAGUUAACACUUGACAACAAGGCCUGA